UGUUUCGUGGAAUACUUUUAGUGUAUCAGGAUGUUGUUGAAUUGUAGCUAUAUUGUGCGGAUUACGCUGCUACUUCAGCUGGUGUGCGCACUCGAUACGGAAGACAACGUACAACUACAUGCAGCAGACUAUAAAAUUGGCAAUACCAACACCAAUACCAAAGAGGCUUCCACUUCUACAGAAAAUGGUCAGACACGCAUCUCUAUAGAACAGGACAAUGCACCUGUCGGGGUGGAGCAUAUGCUUCGACAUGAGGAUCUUGAUCUUGUCUCGAGAAUUGACCAAACUAAGCUAACCAUACUCUCCGCUGAGGCUGAAGUAAUGGACGAGAAGAAGCCUUGUAAAAGUACAAUGCAGCCAGACGGUAGUGUCACACUUGAUUGCGAGUUGCAAGAAGUCGUAGACAUGGAUAUGUCACAAAGGAACAACGUGCAUGUACAUGCCACUGCUCAACCGGAUGUUGACAUCUUGGGAGAAGAAUUGGGAGCGAAAGAGAAAAUAUUGAAUAUGGUGAAGGAUACUCAGGCGAGGGAGAAUGUUGGAGAGCACAGUAGUAGUGGUCGAAUGCAUAUAGUACAACCAGAACCGAGUGCUGGUUCGAAUGCCGUAGCCCGCGAUACAGCCGACGAUAUGGAAAUACUAAGUGAGGCCAGUCCGAGACUAUACAGGUUUCCCCAAUUCAUGACCGACGAUGAUACAGCUGCUAUAGUCACUAAUUAUGGGAACGCGUUGUUGCCAGUUGUAAAGAAAAGCGUUCAAUUAGAGGGCGGGAAUCAGCAUAAUGAUGUAAUGGAGGCAGUAUUUAUGGAGGCCACAGGGUCGUACAGGUCAAAGAGACAUCGUGCAGCCCCCGACACUAAGCGGAAAAUUAGAGGGCGAUAUGGUCUGCUCGAACUGAGUGAGAGCCAAGCCAUGCGUUCGAAGGCCAUUCGUUCAAUGCGGCGCCGAUUGGAGCGGGAGUUGAAAGUGCCACAGAGUCACUUUGAACCGGUUGAAAUUCGGCACUUGAAGGCAUCCGUGCAAGGCUCCGUGGCAGACGCCAUUCUACCUCGAUAUUCGACACAGGGCAACUAUGGAACCCGGACGGCCACACUCAUUACUUUUCUAAGUACUUCCACAGCGCAAAGUGGGGGCGAAAUUAUCUUUCCGCUUACAUUCGCGAAUAGUACGCUGAGGUCCAGGCCCCACGCCUCGUUGUAUGAACCAGUGCAAGAGACGAUUGUCAAUGAGGCCCGAAAGUCGUUUACUGAUAUGUGCGGCAACAAGACCAACGAUGUUGUCCGUGUGUUACCCGAGAGAGGCUCGGCAAUUAUAUUGUACCAUACGCACAUCGACGGCCAGCUUGAUGAUUGGAGCGUGUACGCAAAUUGCCCAGCUGCCACAGGCGAUGUAUGGAUGAUCGUGCAACAUGUAGCCCAGGAGAUAGUUCAGAUGCGGAUGUGGCCCAAAUUGCUUGGCCGAUGGCAGAUGAACCAGCUCGCUGAAGGGGACUUUAUCAUACCGAAUCAGGCGAGAAAUGGGAACCAUAUGCAAGUCAAAAGUGUCUUCGGUAAACCAAGAAGCUCUCUUAAAAAAGGUGGAAAAUUCGACACAACCGCGCACGGGCAGUUCUGUACCACAGUGGACCUCAGUCCUUUAAGACACACGCGUGCGCUCACACUGGUGAUGCUUGUAAAGCAACAGAGCUGUCGCGGGGGAGGAGCCGGCCGUGUCGGCGGAAUGGAGCAGGUCGACGAGAGGUCCAACACCUACGUGACACUGUCAACCAAGGAGGCUAAGGAAGUGGCGGAUACCACCAGGUGCUGUGGUUGGAAGAUUCGAUUUUCAAAGCAGUGCAAAGUCGAUGUGUUCGGCCCCGACCGUCCUAUCAAGCACUCGCUGCGCCCGAACACCCUCCAACUUGUACCAAACACGUGGGUGCCUAUCAUUGUAUCCGUGACAAAUACGGGGGACUCGCUGGCUUGGGUGAGUGAGUAUGUGCCCGUGGAGCCUAAGAAGAGUAUCAAGGUGAAAGCACGUGCUGAUUCAGAUACUGUGGCCGAUGACGAUUCUAGAGAGCCGUUGGUGGAAAAUGAAGAAACAGAGGAGCAGGAGGAGGUCGACGACGAAGAGCAGCCCCCAAAUUGGGACUGGGACGAAGAUGACGAAGGCGAUGAAGGCGAUGAAUCUGGACGAGAGGCAAGUACAACCCUCCCGAAUCUAAAGGGUGACGAGGUGGGUGAAAGGGUCAUGAAGGAACUGAGACAAGGACCAACGCACGCUAAAAAGGAGCCGCCUAUGCCGGCACAGAAGGUCGCAGACACAGGACCGACCAAACCACCGCCUGUCAAGAACAGCCGGAGUGAAAACAAGAAAAGGAUCAGCAAUACCAAGUGGUCGUACGUCAAUGCUUUGAUGUCUGGGUCAGGUUUUGGGGCGAGUGCCGGUGACGCUGAGUCGCAUAGAAGUAUAGGUCAUACCGAUCCCCAAACGCGCAUGUACGAGCAGUUGCGAAAGAUCUCUAUCUCGCAAUCUGUUCGAACGAUCAAUGAUGACGACACCAAUUACGAGGAGACCCGCUUGUGUUUGGACAAGGAGCGAGGUAUAGAGGUUUCCGAAAUUCUUCUGGUGCCACAGCAUGUGACGGGUGCUGAAUUAGACCUACUGAUUUCAAGUAUGAGUGAGAAGAUAUAAUAUCGGAUUUAAUCGCGCAGAGCAAGCUUGUACUCUGUCUGGCAAAUCGGAUCCAUGCUGCAAUAUAGUGACCUGCUUCGGAAUGGUGACCACAACCAUGAGUGGCAAUGGCAGAACUACGGGGAGCUGAGAAAUACAGACCUUGUCGAUCUCCAAUUAAGUAAAUUACAUAGCUGAGUAAAGUAUAUAACUGGAUUAAACAAAUUAACA